AUGGUUGAAAGACUGAGUGAAAGACUCAUAGUUGAGAGACAGGGAAAUCAGGAAAGUGAGGAAAACUUUUGCAGCAGCUUCAAGUGCCAAAUUACCCACCAUCCUAACCAUAGGGGCCGGGCAUUUGGUCACCAUAUCCAACUUGGCAAGGCCCGACCCGUUCCCGAACUGGCACAACCCGAGCCCGAAAAGCUCCCCAAUCGACAGCCUCGACGACAAGAACCCCUGCCAGAGUCUCGGGUCGAGCUCAAAAAACGCGUCGAAAAACCUCCUCGUCCCGUCCAAAUCGAGCCUCAACAAGGUCUCCAUCCCGAAAUCGUAAAACUCCCUCUCCCACCUCCUCUCCCGAGGCCACACGCUCUCCCACACCCUCCGACACAUCGGGGCCCCACGGAUCAUCCGGGUCGACCCGAGACACUCCACCACAACCCUAGCAAGCCCCGGGGCAAGCUCCAGCGUUCGGGCCACUGUGUACCCCGUCGAGGGGUGCACAAUUCCCGAAUUGCCCCCGAUCGCCAUCACCCUCUGGGGGAUCCUCGGGAGAGGACCUCCCAUCGGGAUCAGGCACUUCUCGUCUUCCAUUACCGAUUUUACCCUUAUCCCGAGAUGCCUUAG